AUGAAUAGGUUUUAUAUUCAAAUUGUUUUAUUUCUUUUAAUCAUCUCCCUAUAUGUGAAUAAUAAAACCCUUGCAACAGAGCCUGUUCCAGAAGAUACAACACCCGAAGAAACACUCGAUUUAACAAUUGACACAACACAUCAAUACCCUACUUCAGAAGAAAUAUAUGAAGCAAACAAGCACUUAUUAUGCACCAAUCCCGAAGAAACUAUACAAGCAGAAAAACUUAUGAACGAGGCUGUAACACAUUUAGAGUAUCAUGCUACAAGUAAGCAUGCUUAUAGAUUAUUCGGAGAAUAUCAUCCUAAGCGUAUGUAUUUAUAUAAAAAAAAACUUAAAGACUAUACAAAAGUUAGAAAAGUUGAAUAUAUAAUUGAUGAUCCAAAUAAGUAUAAUAAAAUAAUAAACAAGUUAUGGGAUCCCGAUAGUGACAGUUAUUUUUAUAAAGGCUCGGUUAAAAGAAAAAUUGCCCGUGUGUACACUCCAAAUUUAGUAUUGAUACAGCAUCGUUCUAAAAAAUGGCCGUGGUCUCGUGAGAAAUAUUUUUAUGCUUUAGCUGCAAAAUUUGAAGUAUCAGAAGACCAAACUAUAAUUGUCAUUGCUUCAGCAAAUAUAAAUGAUCACAACCCUUCCAAUAAAGAAUAUCAAAACACAAUCAUAAAAAACGCAAAUUUAUUCACAACAGAAAUUGAUUCUGAAGAUGAUAUUAGAAAAGGAAAAUUAAAAAAAACGGUUGUUAACUUAAUUGGAUACAUCAUUAAAAAAAAAGACAAAUAUGUUGAUAUCACCUAUGUUGAAUCUAUUGAUCGCCAUGUUCCCAGUUACCUAAAACGUAUGAUUACACAAGUUUUGGAGUUUGUUUUCAUUCAUAAAUAA